AUGACAAUUAGCAGUCGGUCGAGCUCUCAUGCAUCCAUGAACCGAAACGAUGACCCCCUGCUUCCCUUUGGGACAAGUGGUACAAAGUUCGACAAGCCUUCGAUGAAGAUGCGCGUGCGCUCUGUGCUCUCGCGCAACAUUGUGCGACGAGUCUUGAUUUGGGCAGUGGCCAGCAUCCUGCUCGUGUCCAUUGUCCUGUACAGCAAGAAGCCUGUAAGCCUCUACGAUGUUGCCACCCAUCAUCAGGGCGAUGCCAAGUCUCCCGGUGAUGGCGACAAGUCAGCUGCUGCCGGCGUGGGCAACACAAACUCUAAUGGCCUCAAUGUCGUCGUCUCUGAGGACGACGCGGACAGCGAUCUCGGCGAUGAUGGGGAACCUUUAAGUCCCGAGGAUAAAGAGGCUAAGAAACAGUACCAGGAUGACCUGAAGAAGAUGCCGUGGCUUCGCUUCAAACAGUUCGUGCCCACCCACUUGCUCGUAAAACCCUGCAUGUUUGCUAAUCUUUCAUCUAGUCUCGAUGGUUACUUCAACGGUCUCAAAACCAUUGUGCCAAAGGUCGACCACAUCUCCGAGUACCCCAAUGUGGACGUCAAGGCUCCUCUGCCGCCUCCUCCCAUGUCUACGGAGAUCCCCAAGCCCCGACCUUACGAACCCUACCAGUUUGAGGGUGAGGUGGCUACCUGCUAUCUCGACUCCAACAGGACGAUCCCUGCUCCUUCCAUCUACGCCUACGACGGUCUCCCGCAGAACUACCCUGAUCCCGUCCUGGGCUCGUAUGACAUCCUCGGCAUGCGUGACGACGUCUGCUUUGACCGCUUUGGACGCUACGGCCCAUAUGGGCUUGGCUACUCCAAGAGCGCUGGUGGAUCCGGCGUCGGCGAGGACACGGAGAGCCAGGGGAACGAGUUCGUUUGGCAAACAACGGGUCAGAUCGACUACACGGGCAUGAACUGGCAAGCCGCACAAGAACGCUGCCUUGAGGACAACCAGGCUCGCUUCAAGCAGAUUGACCCGGAGACCGGUGAGCUCGAGAAGAGUGACAAGAAGAUGGGACGCACUGCACUUGUCAUGCGCUCCUACACCGGCUUCAAGUGGACAGAGCACGAGAUCCUCAACUUCCGCGCGCUCAUCACCGAACUGUCCCUCAAAUCCAGCGGCGAGUACGAUGUUCACAUGCUACUGCAUGUCAGGGACACGGACAUUCCAGUGUGGUCGGACGACGUGACCGUCCAGCGCCUCCUCGAUGCCAAUGUGCCCCCCGAGUUCCACGGCAUUGUCACCUUGUGGAGCGAACCCCAGAUGAGGCUGUUCUACCCUGGCAAGUUUGGCGAGACCUUCUCGAACCCCAGUGGCCGUGACAUUCACGGCGUGUACCGCAGCGGCCACUUCCCUCUCCAGAUCUUUGCCAUGCAGCACCCCGAGUAUGAGCACUUUUGGAACUGGGAGAUGGACAUGCGUGUUGUCGGCAGCUACUACGAGCUGUUUGACCGGGCGGGCAAGUGGGCUGCCACCGAGCCGCGCCCUCUGAUCUGGGAGCGUGCCGCUCGCUACUACAUCCCCUCGUACCACGGCUCCUGGGAAGAGUUCUCCAAAAUUGUGCAGCAGGACACUGUCCGCUCCGGUCUGUCUUCGCCCUUUGGCCCUCUGAAGUUCCCUGGCCGAAAGUCUCUGCGCUUCGAGGCCAAGGGUCAAUCAGUCAUGCCGGAGAACUGCGGUGCGCACUCUGACCGCAGCAUGUGCGGUGUGGGCGAGGCGGCCGAUCUGAUCACGAUGAACCCCAUCUUUGAUACUGAUCAGUCCGGGUGGUUCUUCGGCCUGGACGCCACCGGCUAUGCGUCUACUCCCCCUCCCCGCCGCGCCUCCAUCAUCACGGCCUCUCGUCUCAGCCGCCGCCUCUUGAUGGCAAUGCACGAGGAGGUCUGGAGGCACCACCACACCAUGUUCACAGAGAUGUUCCCCGCCAGUGUGGCCUUCCACCACGGUUUCAAGGCCACCAAUGCGCCACACCCCAUCUACCUGGACCGCGCCUGGGACCCCAUCGGCUCCGCCCCCGACGCCGCGUUCAACGGUGGCCGCGACCACUCGACGUCGGGACACGGCAGUCCGUUUGACAUUGCCAACGAGCACAACCACGCCGGAUCGAGCUGGUACUUUAACAGCGAGUUCUCCGGCAUGAUCUGGCGCAGGUGGCUCGGCUAUGCGCAGAAGGAUGGCCGCGGCAAGUUUGGAGGCCGCCACAACGAAGGCAGCGAGCGCGGUGGCAAGGAGGAGGAAGAAGGCCCGUCGAGUAGUGGUCGUCUGUGCCUCCGCAGCAUGCUCUUACAUCCCAUCAAGCACGAGCACCCCAAGGAUCCCCGAUGA